AUGUUGGGCUCUGGGAUCCCCGCACUGGGUCUGCUCCUGCUACUUCAGGGCUCCGCAGAUGGGAAUGGAAUCCAGGGAUUCUUCUAUCCAUGGAGCUGUGAGGGUGACGUGUGGGAUCGGGAGAGCUGUGGGGGCCAGGCGGCCAUCGACAGCCCCAACCUCUGCCUGCGCCUACGGUGCUGCUAUCGUGAUGGGGUCUGCUACCACCAGCGUCCAGAUGAAAACAUGCGGAGGAAGCACAUGUGGGCGCUGGGCUGGACGUGCGGCGGCCUCCUCUUCUUGAGCUGCGGUAUCUGCUUGUUCUGGUGGGCCAGGCGCCGGGACCUGCUGCACACUCCCAGCUUCCUGGCGAGUAAUUGCGACCUGUCCCGGAGGGUCUCGCUGCUCUCCAAGGAACGAGGGAGCAAGAAGACAUCCAUCUCCACGGCCAAAUCGGGCAAGGACACGGAGGGGGGCACCGAGGGGGAAGGGACAGAAGAAGGCGAGGAGACGGAGGGCGUGGAAGACGAAGAUUAG